UAACAAUGUAUCUUAAAAGAUAACACUAUGUAACCUUGCUCUCACUUGAAAUGUGUCCCACAUUUAGUCCUUGAAUUUGAGGAUAUUGGACCUGGAAAGUCCUUGAAAGGUCCUUGAAUUUGAAGUUAACUAAGGUGUGGGAACCUUGAGAUAUGUAUACAUUUGGUACCAACAUGUACCUUUGAUAUACUUAUAUGCAUCUUUGGUACCAAUACUUUUGAGGUACUAUUAUAAACUCUUUAGGUGCAACGCUGUAGUUUUUAAAAGGUACAACCCCAGUGACCGAUGGGGUACAUAUUUUGAGCUUUUUUUUGACAGUGUAUGUUUAUUAGUUUUUAUCAGUGUUGUUUGAUAAAUGUCACAAGGUUUAGUGCUUCACACCCUUAAUUGAGGCAUGAGUAGUAAAAUUUCCUAAUUUGAGGGGGCAAAGUCCCACAAAAGGAGUGACCUAAGCCAUAUCAAAGGACCAAAAUGUCAAAUGAGCUGUAUUGACCACCCAGAACAGCCAACAUUGUGAUGUCACAUUGAAUACGUGAAACUGACACGUAAAAGAAAGUCCGUGGUACGGACACGGAAAAAUGCGGAGAUCCGUGACAAUGACACGGAUAAAUGGGCAAACAUGGCAAUUCGUGAGAUCAGGCUGCACAUUUUGCAUUUAUUUAUUUGGAAGACACUUUUAUCCAAAAUAACUUACAAUGCAUUUGUUCAUACAUCUUCUGGACCUUCAAAAACUGACUGAAGACUCAUCUCUUUUGUUUACAUCUCCUGCUUCUUGUACAGCGUUAGUUUAACCGAGACAAGAUUCAGAGCAGUUACGCACUGCUGCCGUUUUGUUGAUGUGAUUGCUUUCAUUGUUUUCCUCAUUUGUAAGUCGCUUUGGAUAAAAGCAUUUGGUAAAUGUAAACCUAUACAUUUUUAUCAGUAUGUGUGCUCCCUGGAAAAUGUUUUGUGCCUCUAACACAGUGCUUUACCAACUGAGCUACAAGUAAAAUUGUUCAUAGUCUCACUUACUCUCUUGUGAACAAAACAUCUCUGAAACACUCGAAUGUUAUUUCUUUCCUGCGACAUUCUAGAAGCUGCGACGACAUUCUGGAGUCCACUGCAGUUUGCGCAUUUCAAGGAAGCUUUACAUUCUCCAACUCUGUGCACAUGUUGACAAUCUAGGCUCGUUCUGUGACUGUACAUUCAGGCACUCAGUCUUGAUGUGGUUUUCUGAUAUCGCACGGGCCCAUAUGCAGGUGCUCCUCUCUGUUCGGGACUGAUCUUGAAGAUACCAAGAAUGAGUCAUGGGCAGUUUCAGUGUUUUCCCCCCACUGUCUAGUUAACUUCUACGAGUCUGACAGUUUUAAUGUAAACCCUUGCAGGACGCUGUCUGACCUUUACAGAAAAGCUAACAACAUCGGCCACCACUGAACACUAUCAACGGCAAAAUCUCUUGACCUUGGCCCAGCUUUACGUCCCCUGCACACAGCAGUCUGCUAAACUUCUUUCGAAGAGAAGAAAGCCAAGCAGGUUUGAAAGAUUUGGUAAAGACUUUUCUUGGUGAACUCAAACAAUGGGGAUCAACCUGCGAGUUCUUCUGGGAAUGUUUCAAGUCGUCUCUCUCGCUAGAAUCCCCACACACUGUGCCAAGACUCCGUCAGACCACUGGAUCCCAGCAGAAAGUCACAGAUCGGGAGAAGUGGUGAGGUGGUUGGAUGUCUAUCAGAAAAGCGGCUGUCAUCCCAGAGAGAUGCUGGUGGAGGUUUGGCAGGAGUUUCCGUGGGAGACGCAUCACCUUUUCUUGCCGUCAUGUGUAACACUGCGCCGCUGUGGAGGUUGUUGCUCCGACGAAGCACUGGAGUGUGUGCCGUCAAAGACACACACAAUCGUCAUGGAGCUUAUGAGGACCUCCUAUAUGAAGCAUGAACUGGUGCAGCUGCCCUUCACAGAACACAGCCAGUGUGAGUGCAGGCUAAAAGAAAACUUUUAUGCAGCGCCAACCAGGCAAGGUCCACAGACCACGAGACGAGGCAGAAAGCGUCAAAGAGGAAAACCAAAGCGAAAAAAACACAUGGAGAAAAAGCAAAUGACACCUGUGUCAACUACACCCCCUCACCCUCCGACCCUCCCGCCUAGCUCCGCCCCUACACCACCUGUCAGAGAGGCGUGUCCGCCAUGCCCUUCCCGCCGGAUGACAUCACAGCCUCCCUCGUGUGAGUGCAGGUGCAGCUUGAGGGAGGUGAGCUGCACAAAGAGAGGAAAGACACUGAACCAGCACAGCUGCCGAUGUGAGACCCAAAGUGAAUAAUGAAAUAAAACCUCCCUCAUAAUCCACCUUUCAAACAUUGCACAGCUUCGAGGAGGUCAAAGGUUUGCUUAUUCUUUUAUCCCUCAGUCUAAAGUUUGGGUCUUGCCCAGAAUAAAGGUUUGUGUUUGGGAAUAAACCGCAAACCCUCCCCCGGGCACCGGGCGCUCUGGCCCUGUCCUAAACACUUUUCUGGCAGUAUUCGUUACAUAUACACAACUUUGUUCCCAAAGGGUUAUGCAUACAAAAUACAUCACAUUGUUUGAAAUCGUUGUGCUGUAAAAGAUGUCACAACAGUCAAUCCAAAUGCUCCAUUCUGAUGAAAAUUCAAAACCCAUCAAGGCUGUAGGAUGGACACAAUCGCUGUUUGAACACAGCGAGUGACGCUUAUCACCGGAAAAGGGGAAUAUUUAGCACUCGGGAGAUGAACUUUGAGCCUUAUCCAAAACUUUCUGUAUCAAGAUGGACCGUCCUCUGGUAUUUUCAGCCUCCUGGGAUGAAUGAAUCAACACAGGCACGGACAUACUGCUAGUGUGAUGCUAAUAAGGAUGAGUACACCGAGGACAAAAAGAAAAGGAAGGAGAUUUUAAAGAAACUACUUAACUGGAGAGUUUUUGAGAGGAUGGAUGUUGACAAACCUUUAACUUCAAGUAUCUCGUCACGAAAAAAUUCCAGACGCCUCAUCCGCAUGUGCCAACUGGAUGGAUGAGCGAUUAGACGGAUGGACAAGUGUCUGUGUGGUCUCAGUAUCGAAUAAUGAGGAUCUGUGCGUCCAUCCUAAUUUAUUCCUGGCCUCUAUAGGUCUAUAAUGUGGCUUCACAGACUGUAUCAAUGAGUCUUUUUGUGUUUGUUUGAUUUGCUUUUUGUUCGACUUUUUCCUUUUGAGAGCUUUUCCCACUGGCCAGCCAGUGAGUUGAAUGCCAAUAGUAUAGAAACCUGGUGAUAUUUCAUUGGUGCUCGCAUGCACGCACGCACACACACGCACACUUUCUCUCUCUCUCGCACACCCUCAAUCACACUCUUUUGCAUUAUUCUCUCUCUUUAUCCCUUAUUUGUCUCUUUUUCACUCCGUUUCUUUUGCUCUCUCCUUCACACACAAACAAAUGCAAACAGGUAAAUAUAAGCUUUCCGGUGUUGAUAUUGAAAGAAGAAUAUGUUUUUUGUAAAGAAUACUAAUGUUAU